UAUCCCUCAAUACCAUAUCCAAAUGGAUAUAUCACGGAACAACUAGGAAAUAGGCUUAUUUAUGCAGAACGUGAUUAUGAUACAUCCAAGUUGCGUGAGGAGUUCCAAACUUUGUAUGCUUCUCUUACAGAUGAACAAAAAGGCAUAUUUGACACAAUAAUGGAAGCUGUGACUAACCAAAAAGGCGGGGUAUACUUUUUAUAUGGUUAUGGUGGUACAGGGAAAACCUUUAUGUGGAGGACAUUAGCUUCUGCCUUACGUUCUCAGCGUCAUAUUGUUUUAACUGUUGCAUCCAGUGGUAUUGCUUCUCUACUCUUACCUGGCGGUAGAACUGCACACUCUAAAUUUUCAAUCCCAGUUCCGACUCUAGAGAACUCUACAUGCAAUAUACAUCAAGGGAGUGAACUUGCAGAGCUUUUAAAACAAACUAAGUUGAUAAUUUGGGAUGAAGCAACAAUGGCUAAUAGAUUUUGUUUUGAAGCACUAGACAGAAGCCUAAAUGACAUCAUCAACAAUGAUGGUGAUUCUAUUUCACCAUUCGGAGGAAGAGUGAUUGUCUUUGGAGGAGACUUCAGACAAACUUUACCAGUUAUUCCUGGAGGAAGCCGUUCAGACAUUGUUAAUGCUACAAUCAAUUCUUCAUAUCUAUGGGAUGACUGUCAGGUAUUGUCUCUUACUAAAAAUAUGCGACUCCAAAAAAAUUUGGAUAUGACAAGUGCUACUGAGCUCAAAGAAUUUUCAAAAUGGAUAUUGGAUGUGGGAGAUGGAAAAAUAUCAGAGCCAAACGAUGGUUAUGCAGAAAUAAAGAUUCCAGAUGAAUUCUUGAUUAAAGAAUUUGAUGAUCCAAUAGAUGCAAUAGUCCGUAGCACAUAUCCGAACUUGCUGGAGCAAUACAAAAAUGAGGAAUUUCUUAAGUCUAGAGCUGUCUUGGCAUCAACUAUUGAAAUUGUCGAUAAAAUUAACGACUAUGUUCUUUCAACGCUCCCAGGUGAAGAAAGAGAAUAUUUAAGUUGCGAUUCUGUAGACAAGUCGGAUGUAGUUGAAGCAGAAGCAUUUGAAGCGUUGACACCAGAGUUUCUCAAUUCCUUGAGAACAUCAGGUCUCCCAAAUCACAACAUACGACUUAAGGUUGGAACUCCAGUAAUGUUGCUAAGAAAUAUAGACCAGUCAGAAGGACUAUGUAAUGGAACUAGAUUGAUUGUCACAAGACUGGGAAAUCAUGUCAUUGGAGCAAGAAUCAUGUCUGAAGGCAAUGAUGGAGAUGAGAUUUACAUACCUCGAAUGUGUAUGUCUCCUUCUCAAUCACCAUGGCCUUUUAAACUUAUAAGAAGACAAUUUCCUAUAAUGGUCUCAUAUGCGAUGACAAUCAAUAAAUCUCAAGGACAGUCACUGGAAAGAGUUGGAUUAUACUUGCCUAGACCUGUUUUUAGUCAUGGACAAUUGUAUGUGGCAUUGUCAAGAGUUCAGAGCAAACAUGGAUUGAAGAUUUUAAUACAUGAUAGGGAUGGAAAAUCAUUAGACACUACUACGAAUGUUGUAUUCAAAGAGGUUUUCCAAAAUCUUUAACACGUAAGUUUAAUAUUUUAUUUAAUAUUUAUUUUAUUAACUUACACUUUAUGAUAUUGACAUGUUGUUCUUGCUUUUAAGAAGAAAUGCAGUUUUUUGAAAUUCUUUUCUUCUCCAAUUAAUUAGAUCAUGAUUGCAAGUAUAUCCAUCGAUUAUUUUCCCGUGCGUAUGCACGGGUACUAUACUAGUUGAGGUAUAUACAAGAAUUAAAAAAACAUCUUAUGUUAAUUACAGGGAAAAUUACUAUUAGCCCCUGAAGUUAUGUCAUAAUUAUUAAAUAAUUCAAUCGUACACUUUCAAAAAUCG